CCCGCGCGUCUAGCUCCGCCUCCCUGGAAGACUAUUUAGCCUCGGAGGUGCCCGGGUUCCGGCCCCAGCAGGACCCCGACGGACAGCCGAUGAGGAAGUCCCCGCUCCACCAGUAAGAGACACGCCCGCCGAAUUCGCACCCGAGACCCUCGCCAACGAACCAGGCUCCAGCCCGCCCGUCCGAGCGCUGAGGGCGCCCCGAGGAGGAGGUGGCUCAGCCUAGGGCGCCCCGACACCUGCCCAGCUCACUGCCUCCCGCAACCCCGCCCACCAUGGCCUGGCACCUGACGGUCACCCUCGGUUGCAUCAGCUUCCUCUACCUGCAGUUCCCAGGCACACUGUCCCUCGGCCUGGGCGGGAGCCGGCUGCCGGCGCGACCCAGGGAGCCCCCAGCCCGGACUUCUUCCAGUGGCUUGCAGCCCCGUUACCCUGGAACCCGGCCUGUGAUCUGGAAGUUGCACCGGGCCCUCCAGCCACAGAAGAGUGCCAGCCUGGCCCCUGCUAUGGGUCAGGCUCUCCGAAAUGGCCCUCGCCAACACUUGGGUGCCCACAGGCCCCGAGCCCAGCUCCUGCGUGUGGGCUGUGUGCUGGGCACCUGCCAAGUGCAGAAUCUCAGUCACCGCCUGUGGCAGCUUGUCAGGUCUGCUGGCCUGCAGGACUCCCCCCCUGUGGACCCCAGCAGUCCCCACAGCUAUGGCUGAGGAGCCCGACAAAGACCACUCCCACCCGCCGACCAGACUUCAGGCGGCCUCCUCUGAGCCUGCUGCUCCUGAGUCCUGCCCCAGACAAGUGGGAACCCC